CUUAUAUAAACAAUUCCCUUUCCCUAGCCCAUAACCAUUCAUUUCCCAAGAAAAACAAAAAGAAAUAGAAAACCAAAACCCCUCCUUUCAAAUUCCUCUGUUUUUUCCCCUGAAUUAACAUUCAUAAUCAAGAAAUGGCCAACAUAUCUCCAAGAAAACUAAGAGAUGAUCUUUAUUGUUACUCUUAUCAACAAGACUCAAGCUUACCAUUAGUAAUCUCAGUUCUUGCUUCUCUAAUUGAGAGGAAUUUAGCAAGGAAUGAAAGAAUAGCCAAAAAUUGUACAUGGGCAUUGUCCAAGAAUGUAAGAACAAGAGUAUUUGAUUGUCAUGAAACACCAGACAUGACAAUACAAUCUUAUUUAGAGAGAAUAUUUAGGUACACAAGAGCUGGACCAUCAGUCUAUGUUGUUGCUUAUGUAUAUAUUGAUAGAUUCUGUCAACUCUAUCCUGAGUUCAGAAUUAGUCCAAGAAAUGUACAUAGGCUUCUCAUUACAACUAUUAUGGUUGCUUCUAAGUAUGUUGAAGACAUGAAUUAUAGGAAUUCAUAUUUUGCAAGAGUGGGAGGAUUGACAACAAAUGAAAUGAACAAAUUAGAGAUGGAGUUUUUGUUUAUGAUGGGGUUUAAGUUUCAUGUGAAUGUGAGUGUUUUUGAGAGCUAUUGUCGUCAUUUGGAAAGGGAAGUGAGUAUUGGAGGAGGCUAUGAAAUUGAGAGGACUUUAAGAUGUGCUGAGGAAAUCAAAUCAAAACAAAUAGAAGAAAGAAGUUGUUGUAGCCAAAUUACUAGAGUUUUGUUGUAACUCAAAUUUUACAAAUUGGAGUUUUUUUUUGUUUUUUUUUUUUCAAUUACAAAGUGUAAAUAUUAGUACUAUGUAAAGGAGUUUUGACAAUUUUUGCUAUGUAAAAAAAGCAUAGUAGAAGUUCUCAGAUGUGACAAAGUUUUGUUGUUACUUUCUGCAGUGAAAAUGUUGUGGCUAUAGUGGUUGAAUUUGAAAAUCAAUUUAAAGUAUGUCAAUACACAUUGACAUCA